AUGCCGGUACGUGAUGACGCCUACUCCCUCCCCGCGACGACGACGAUGAUGAUAUUGUGCCCGAUCGAUUUCACCGGAGAAAUGCGUGGUCGCGGGCGCGCGGCGCUGGCGGACGGAUCGAGGAGGGGCAAAUAUCAUCACCACGACCCGGGGGUCCUCAAACACCACGAAGGGAAGCAGAGCGCUGACAGUUGGGAACCAUUACAGAGCCACAAGUCUUUCCGCACGAAGCAGAAGCUCGCCAAGGCGCAGAAGCAGAACCGCCCUAUCCCCCAAUGGAUCCGUCUCCGCACUGGUAACACCAUUCGCUACAACGCGAAGAGACGCCACUGGCGCAAGACCCGCCUCGGCAUCUAA